AGAAAAUUAUUAAGGAAGUUAAUAUUUAUCAUACUUUUUGUUUUUUUUUAUUAAGGAAUUAAUUAUGUUGAAUAUAUAUGAUUCGAGAUCAAAUGUCUAUAUUAAUUCGGCCUUAGAUAUUAAUUGGAUUUAUUGGAACCUGAAGAAAUAUCGAUUAUUUCUAAUGAUAACAUUAAAUUUAUCUGUUGCUUUUAUUAUAUGGGUUAUUAAUACUAAUAUAUUAUAUCAAAUACCUAAUAAAGAAAAACAGCUAAUCUUUUCUAUUAACAAUUUGGAAGAAUCAAUAAAUUGUAUUCGUGUUUUAGUUAUUAUGAAAAGAGCGCUGAUUAAAGAUGCAUUUUUGCAAGAACAAAAAAUGAAAUUUAUCAAGCAUUUAAAGGAAUUGAAUAAUCUUGCUAAUAUAAAGGAUAUCAAAAAAAAGAUAUCUCAUGACGAUAUGAAAAAAACUUUGGAAGAAAUUGAAAGCUAUGCAGAAAACUUAAUUAAAUAUAUGGAUAUGGAAAAAUAAAUAUUUUAUUAUAAUAUAAUUAUUAAAAAAAAUCAUACAAGGA